GGUCGCGGGACACCGGGCGUAGAGGGCGGUCGCGGCGGGCAGUGGCGGCAGAAUGUUGGCUACCAGGGUAUUUAGCCUAGUUGGCAAGCGAGCAAUUUCCACCUCUGUGUGUGUACGAGCACAUGAAAGUGUCGUGAAGAGCGAAGACUUUUCGCUCCCAGCUUACGUGGCUCGGCGUGACUAUCCCUUGCCGGAUGUGGCCCAUGUCAAGCACCUGUCCGCCAGCCAGAAGGCCUUGAAGGAGAAGGAGAAGGCGUCCUGGAGCAGCCUCUCCAUGGAUGAGAAAGUCGAGUUGUAUCGCAUUAAGUUCAAGGAGAGCUUUGCUGAGAUGAACAAGCGCUCGAAUGAGUGGAAGACGGUUGUGGGCACUGCCAUGUUCUUCAUCGGCUUCACCGCGCUCCUUAUCAUGUGGGAGAAGCUCUAUGUGUACGGCCCCCUCCCGCAAACCUUUGACAAAGAGUGGGUGGCCAUGCAGACCAAGAGGAUGCUGGACAUGAAGGUGAACCCCAUCCAGGGCUUAGCCUCCAAGUGGGACUACGAAAAGAACGAGUGGAAGAAGUGAGUGAAGCUGGCCUGCGCCUGCCUCUGUCACCUCCAUGCAACUCCAUGCCUAUUUACUGGAAACCUGUUAUGCCAAACAGUACUACUGCUAAUAACAUGACCAGUUUACCUGGAAAAAAA